UAGGCACUUUCCAGCAAUUCACUAGUACACGUUGCAACAUGUAGUCGCUAGGAUUAAUAUCGGGGGCUAAUUAUAAUUUAAAUAAUUAUUUCAUGGGUAAUUCUGCUACUUUGUAAUAUGUAGGUACCAACAAGAAUAGUUGAACUGUGAACUGAUAAUUAUUUCGUAAACAGCGUAUCGAUUACUUAAAAUAGUUUGAUUUAAAGCUACCAAGCUAGCUGUGUUGCAGAAUUGCUGGAAAGAGUUCAAAUUAAAACAACAAAAUGGGGACAAACAAGGAAAAGGCAGCCGAGAAGAACAAGGUGUACGACAUCUCGGAGGUGACGGAGUUCUUUGGGAGGUUCCAGAAAAUGCAGUUCCUGUACUGCUGUCUACCGGCCAUAUUCGUCACCAUGAUUAAUAUUAACUAUGUGUUCACCGUCGGCGAUGUCAACUACAGAUGUCGCAUCCCAGAAUGCGACGGCAACCAGCCAGAAUACUCCCAACCCUGGUGGCCUGGCUCUGUAGAUCGGUGCUCGCGCCCUGUCUUGGAAGAAAGCUGGAAUGGAACCUGUUCGAACACCAGCUUUACUGGCGCUGUGGAGGAAUGCAGUUCUUGGGUGUAUGAGAGCAACAACACAGUUGUAGCUGAGCUAGACCUGGCUUGCCAGCCGUGGAAAUCCAACCUCGUCGGAACGGUGCACAGCGCGGGCAUGGUGCUCUCCAUGACUAUCUCCGGAUGGAUGUCUGACAAGUUUGGCCGCAAGCCAACUCUGGUGAUCUGCUCCAUCGGCGGUAUCCUGGGCCACCUGAAGACCUUCGUCUCCGCCUACUACCAGUACAUCAUUAUUGAGUUCUUCGAGGCUGCCAUCACGGGCGGGACGUAUUCUGCCGCUAUGGUUAUCAUGAUAGAAAGCAGCGGCAAAAACCAAAGAGUCUUAGCGGGCGUGAUCUUCGCCUACGCCAUUUAUGUCGGCGAAGUCAUCUUUGCCUGCAUCGCCAUGGUCAGUUCCUACUGGAAGACCCUCAUCCGGAUCAUCUGCAGCCCGCCCAUCCUCUUCCUCGCUUACACCUUCCUCAUCAGAGAGAGCCCGCGAUGGCAGAUUUUAAAUAACAAAAUCGAACAAGCCAAAGAAACCUUACUAGUAAUAGCUGAUACGAAUAAGCUGAACAUAGAUCGCCAUGACUUUAUCAAUAUAGACGAGGCAAAGCUAAAGAAUAAGUUUAAUUUGGGAGCGUACGAAAAGAAGGAAUCUUGGAAAAGGGUGUUCACGUCCAAAGAAAUUUGGAAGAGGUUGCUAGUUUUGAUGGUGUGUAGAUUCACGGCCUCGUUUGUGUACUAUGGGCUGAUGGUAAACUCUGUUUGGCUGCCUGGGGACAAGUAUACGAACUUCUUGCUGGCGACGGUGAUGUCGUUCCCCGGGGAGUUGGUGGCGCUGGUGCUGAUGAACAAGUGUGGGAGGCGAUUGCCGUUGGUGUACGGGUAUAUUUUAUGUGGCGCGCUUUGCAUCGGUUCUGCAUGCGUGCCUGAAGACGCUGUCUGGGCCAAGAUAACCAUGUUCUUGCUGGGCAAGAUGUUCAUCGCCGCCUGCUUCACGGGCGCCAUCACCUACACCAUGGAGCUGUUCCCGACCAACGCACGGGGAACUCUGAUGGGGCUGUGCUCGUUCAUGUCCCGGUUUGGAGGGAUGCUGGCGCCUAUCACGCCAAUCUUAACACCUAUACAUCCUGCGCUGCCAGCCAUUUUUUUCGGCGCUUCGGCUUUCCUGUCUGGAUUCUGCCUACUUUUCACCCCGGAAACCCGUAAUCUGCCCCUGAUGGACACCGUCGACCAAGUUGAGAUUAGCGUCAAACAAGCAAAACAAGAGAAGAAAGGACAAGGAAGUGAGAAUCCAGGAUUUGAGGAUACUGCUGUAACAAGCUUUUGAGUCUCUUUGAUUCCUUUUAGCGAUAAGCUACCGACUGAUGUGGGAUAUUAAACAAAGCUCUACCAAAAACAAAACGUAGAUGUUAUUUCAUGUAACUAUAAAUUGUUCUUGCCGAAGUAUAUCGAUUAACUAAGCGGAUUGGGCCCAGAUUUGGCAACUUGUGGUGUACUUUUUCUGAAUGGCCUUUGAAAUAAUUUUGAAUAGGUAUCGGAAACGGCCAGUAGUUAUACCUACUUACCGCCAAGUAUACCGCCAAGCUCCGAAGUGUUUGUAUUUUUUUACCUACUUAUCUAGCGAAUUUUCAUACUUGCUCAAUGAACUGCUUAGAGUAAGUUUUAUUAUAUAAGAAUAUAAGACAAAAUAAAUGAUUCUCACUAGCA